AAACACACAACAAGAAGGCCAAAUAUUAAAAAGCUAAAGAUCUCUGAUAUGGACAAGGUGAUGAGAAUGUCGUCAGAGAAAGGAGUGGUGAUCUUCACGAAGAGCUCAUGUUGUCUCUGCUACGCCGUUCAGAUCCUGUUCCGUGACCUUAGGGUUCAACCAACGAUCCACGAGAUCGACAACGACCCUGACUGCCGUGAGAUCGAGAAGGCUCUUCUCCGUAUCGGCUGCUCUACGGCCGUGCCAGCUGUCUUCGUCGGAGGCAAACUCGUUGGUUCCACCAAUGAAGUCAUGUCCCUUCACCUUAGUGGCUCUCUCGUCCCCUUGAUCAAACCCUAUCAGUCACUCCUCUACUAGCUGACUACUGAACCAGCUCAUGACUAUUCAUAUAUAUAUAUAUAUAUAUAUAUAUAAUCUUAUUAAUCAAUUAGCUAGCUAGUGAGAAUAAAAAAUACACUAGCUACUAGCUAGAUAUUCAGACGAGGUUUUCUUCUGAAAUGUGUAUGUGUUUAGCUUCUUUUCGUGUUUCAGUCUACUUAAUCAACUGGUCUUUGUUGAUAUACGUAUAAGUCUCUCUUAAUUUAAUUUGUGUUAAUGAAAAGAGUA